ACAAAUUAAUGACAGCGCAUUAUUCCGCAAUAACAAUUAUUACAGAAGCUAAUUUAAUGCGGUUAUACAGGCAACAAUGUUUAUGUAAUGUUAGAAGAAUAUCCUGUAUUAUAAACUGCUUUAAUGCGGAGUGUGUUGUGAUAGAGGUUUAUAUUAAUACAAAGAUAUAUAUAAGGGCAGUUUUAAAUGGAUCGUGCACACUUUAUAAAAUUUUGAAUUGAAUUAAGAAUAUUGCGAUAUUGGACACUUAAACGUUUUGGUAAAAUACAAUAAUAGCGAAGAGGAUCUUAUAUUCAUAUCUUACAGUUGGAUUUGAUUUUGAACAAAAUAUCCCGCAAGCAUUGCUUAAGUGGUAUGUUAAGAGAAGGAAGGAAGUGAAAUUGUGAACAGGAAAGGAAAAUUUGAACCAGUUCAGUAUUUAUUCUUAUUUAAACGAUAUAUAUUGAAAACAAGAAGGAAAAAGAUAUUGAGAUCAUAAUUGCUACCUUGACAAAUUACCUGGGCCGCCAAGCAGCAGGUUAUAAAGAGAACGUAUCAAUGUAUUGACUUAUGCAAAUAUUGGUAUACAUUCUACAGCAGAGAGAAAGUGAGCGAUCGUUAGAUGUAAUGUGACUAGUAAUUCAGAAGCAAUGUGAAUCAAGGUGUUAAGAAAAUAUAAGAUGUAGCCAUUCGUGAUUUGAUUUUUAUUGUUAUUGAGAAAGCUAUUGAAGGAAGCCUUUUUGAAAAACUCACGUGAGUUAUUGCUGCAAUUCGAUAAGAGAUGGUUGUAAAUAUGUUGGAUAUAAAUUGAAUGGAUAUGAGUGCUAGCGUAUACAUGAAAUAACAGCAGGUGUUUAUAAUUAUGCAGUAUAUAUUAAACAGUUUAAAUAUAUUGAUGAUACUGUCUUACAUAAAUAUGACAAUCGCAACGGAAAAUAAGACAUUGUCAGCUUCAAAAUCACGUGUUGAAAGCGUCGUUCCUGCAGCAAUGAGAUCGUAUGAUAUUGAAGAAAUACAGGAACAAAGUACAAGUGAUUCCUCUUUCAGUGAACAUAUUAAUACAACAGAAACGUAUGUAAGCGAGUUCACUGACAAUGGAGGUUUAUUAAAUGAUACCACGUCAGAGUUUGAUAACAGUACAGAGGAAAGCAAUAAUGAAGUGGAUGAUAUUCAUUCCAGUUUGAAUUUAGCAAUAAUACCAACUGUGGCGGUCUUUCUUUUUAUAGUCAUAACUUGUAUCAAGUGUUGCAAACUGUUUCGACAGUAUACAAGAGGCAGUAGAAAAGACGAUAAUUUCUACGCAGUUAUCGUUAUUGAUGACGACAAAGAAUACGGACAUAUUGAUAUAACUUCAGAUUCAACAUCGACGGCAUGCUACGACACUGUAUCAUCAUAUACUUCUUUUUUUAAACGUAGUGGCAACGAAAGUACAUUAAGCUCUAUAAGAACAUGGCACCAAGACAGCAUCAAAAGCAUGAGUAGUACGACAUCAGCGACUGCAACCACGAAAAAAAAUAUCAAUGGUGAUAUAAAACCAUUAGCCUCCUUGAGUAAAACUAGAACUAAAGUAGAUGAAACAAAUGGAGACCAUAAUGUUAGGAUUUCUUCAACCUCCAGCGCGGAAACUGUCAGUGAGCAGUUGACUGAUUCCCCUGCCAUCAGACGUAAUAAUAGAUUUAGAGUUUCCUUUGUGACAGAAACAAAAGCGUCAGCAUCCGGAUAUAGAACUCCUAACGGCAAUAUGAACCACGAGAAAUUCAAACGCUCUAGCUUGAAAAAGUCACCAACAGCAACAUCAUAUGAAGCAACAUCACAAAGCAGCACAUCGGAAAGAACUUCGAAACAAGCGAAAAUGGUAGAUGUUGGUACACAGACUAACAAAUCAUUCAGGUACAGUUUACGUAAAUCAAAAGCGCAUGUUAGUGAAAGUGAUAUUGACGAAAAACUUAUUUCUAGACAUAGUACGAACUCUUUUGUUUUACAGUCAGAUGAGGUACAACGUAAAAAUAGUGACAGUAAUAUCUUGUGUACAAACAGUGAUAAAAACAAAUUACCACAUGUUAAUCAUUCCAGUGUUUCACUUGAAAAAGAUAUGAAAAGUUUACAUUCAAUAUCAAUUCCCGGGAGCUCAAAAUAUCCAUUCGACACAAAUGUCGAAGUGAUGAAUCCCUGCAAACAAACUAAAGAACCCAAUGAAGAUUUAGAGUUAGAUGACGAUGUGUUUAUAGAAGAAAUGAUAACAGAUUCAACACCACAUUCUUAUAAAAACCAGCAUCUGGAUUUGAGUAUUUCUUCAGAACCUUGUAAUAGUGCAGAGGAAAAGAGUGAUGAAAAUGUAUCUAAAGGAUUCAAAAUUCAACCUGAAAUAUUUUUUUGCAAUCAUUGCAAUACCAGACUAUGUAGAAAUACAGUUGACACUAUCUGUGAUGAAGGAAUUUUACAAGUUUCUGAUAUUAAUCCUGUGAUCCGAAAAAUGUGUCAGAAUUGCACAUUGGUGAAUAUAUACAAGCAAAAAGUGUUCUGCAAAACGGAAAAUGAUACAACAGAUGAAUUACCUAAACAAAAUCGCAGUGAAUUCAUCGAAAUCCACGAAAGACCAUCAAGCACGAUUUCGCUGGAGAGCAGCGGGUAUGCCGAACUAUCUUCCAGUGAAAGUUACUCUAGUUUUUCAUGACAGUUAUCAAUAAUAUGCUCAUUCCACAUAGACAUAGACGAUCUAAUGAAUAAUUUGCCUUAUAUAUAUACACGUGCAUGCCAGUUUAUUACCUGCAUGAUGUUUAUAUUCAAUUUUUAUAUUUGCAGAUUGUAACACUUUUUAUAAUCCGACUCAUUUACACAGUCCCAAAUGGCUGUGCUUGAGAAAGUAAACGAUUUAAUCAACUUAACAUCUUACUCUUCAGAGCAUUUUCCAUUACCAUGAAUACACUUAUCUUAAUUGUUUAGGGUAUUUACAUGAAAUCCCAUAAGGGCUACUUAGGAGUUUUUACAAAUGUGCAUGACACCAUUCUGUCGAGCGCUAAAUACCUGCAAGAAAUCUGAUUACCUAUCAUCUAUUUAAACUGUAUAUUAAAUUCCACAUGCACAUAUGGCGCAAGUACAACUGAUACUUAGCAUUAACCUCUUUUUGAAUAAUAAUGAUGAUGCCUUUGUAGUUAUUAAUUGAGCAGAACAUGUGCCGUCGUUACACUUCAUAUUAUAUCCGAAAGGGACUAACCUACACAUUUUAGGCGAAAAAUAAUUUCUCUCAAAAAUCCAUAAAAGUAAGUACUCUUAAAGUGACUAUAGUGGUACAAACUUAUUGACAUAAGAUUUUGCAAGUUAUUCUUUUAAAUAACCAAAACUAUCGUGCAGAAGUUAAUAAAACCGUUGCAACGAUUUUGAAAUAAUGCAGAAUAUUUACAUUCUUCUUGCAGUUUUAACAACUCUCAAUGUGCUUAUGGAUACCAAUGAUAACUCGGCAACGACCGGUGCACAUAUUAAAAUCCGCUAUAUUUGAUGUCAACUCUCCUGAUUUAACAAGUAACGAUUAAGCACGGCGAUUAUUGAUCUGUCACACGUAUUGCUCAUCUAUUCACACAACCUAAAGAAACGGGUGGAAAUGUAAAAUAAAUGACGUCCAGUUUAUCCGAUUGGAAUUCCCGAACGAUCGUUCCCAAUAUCGUUGAUUUCUUUAAACAAGAUAUGUUCUGUUAAUUGGUAUUGAUCAAGCAUUUAGGCACAAAUCACAAUUUUAUCUGGUACGGACUGUUGAUUAUUCUUUGCAGGGGAGCGGCUUUUCUCAGCUGCUUUAUAUUGAUACAUCAAGGAAAAAAGCGCAUAAUGUAAAGUUUCUAAUAGCUUACAAUCAAGUUUACUUCAAAUGUCCAUAUACAAAUGGUCUCUCGUUUUUUCUUUUAUCCGGAUUUUAUUGAUAUUUAAGAAAUAUACUAUCUGUAUUUGUAAUCAGAUGGAAAGAAGUUUUAAAUCUAACAGAUCUAACGGAAUUAAAUAAAUUUGGUAUAUUAUUCUUAAUGUUAAGCGUCAACUUUCUUAAAUCAAUUUGUUUUAAAGAUCAGUUAUUUUUGUUGUAUUUGCAAUUUAAUUUAGAUAUUAGAAAACGCAGUGAAAUCUCUGACCAAGUAUUAACAUUUUUACUAUGAUACUCUUAAAUCUGUUUAUAGUAGCCAUACUUAAGAUUCAUAACAGUUUAACAAUUCCCUAAGGUGGUUAUAAAAAAAAAAAACAAGGAUAAAUAUCCAACAGGGAAAGUCACGUUCCAAAAACACAGCCUCCCCAAACGUUAACCGAGCACACGGUGAACAUUUAAUACUUUAAACAAAAGUAAAAAGGAACUCGUCUUCAAACAAAUAUAAUUCAUGGCAUGUGAAAAUUAAAACUGGGUUUUAAACUCAAAUAUAGUUUCUGAAAAUUUGCGUUUGAAGUUGGUCCAAACUGCAGUUAUAAUGUUUGAAACCACAGAGCAUUAUUUGCAUCAUACACGUAUCAUGUAACUAUGAAAUCUCAACCUUUAUUUUCUUACACUUGAAAUAUUUCUUCCAUGAACUGUGAUGGAAAUGGAUAAUACUUCUGUGAAUGUACUGUAAGGAAUACUUAAUGAUUUAGUAAGUGCUUAAAAUUCUAACGAUUUAAAUCGUCCUUGUUUCCACUCCCAAAGAGUUAAAAGUCAACUUUUUAAAAAUUAAUCCGCUAAAAUAUUAUGUAUUUGUUAUGUCAGUCAAAGAAACGUUACAACACAUUUUAACGUUAUAAUACGCUUAUAGAAUAAACGAUUAGUAAAGAUUUGUUUAAACUAUAGUCUGUUGGGUCAUUAGGGACAGCUAAAACUUAUUUGUGUCAUUUUUCUUCUAAAAAAGACACAUCAUAGCGUGUACAUUUCAUAAUGGCAUAUGAAUGACUUUUAGGUUGGCGUGGUAAACAGCAUUUCAUAAAAAAUUUAUAUUUACUGGAAAGAAAUGGACGAAAAAAUACAAACUGAAAAAUCAAAUAUGUGAAUGGACCUUUUUUUAACUCUUAACUUUUCAGGAGUAUAUAUGAAAAAUAAAUACACUGGUAGUUACCUUUUAAAUUACUGAAAAUUUGGCUAUUAAAUGCCUCCUGCAAUA